AUGGAAAAUUUGACGAGCUAUCGGGGUACAUUGGUUUGCACAAUUACAAAAACAAAAAAAAAAGCUUACCACAAUUGGAACUUGUUGUUGACGAUUUUGACGACUCAUUUUGGUGGCGAAGGCAACUUAGUGCAACAAAUUUACGAGGUGAAACUUCGCCUAGGAGAUAACGCCAUUGAUUUUGUUAAACCCCUGAAAAUGAGUUUAUUUUACCAGUGGAAUAAAUUGUCACUGGAUUCAGUGUGGGACCGACUUCAAGUUGGCCCCAAAGCAUAUGACGCAUUGACGAGCGGCGGUGUGACAGAAGCGCUAGCAGAUGCGAUGAUUUUGCCACACUCGGAAGAAUUCGCGUCGACAAUGUGUCAUGAGCGACUUAAUUAUUGGAAAGCGAAUUUGUUUUCUUUACAGAAAGUUUUUGACCUGUUAAAGUUUAGCAAUGUUGACGGCGCCAACAGUGCUCUUUUCAAAUUAGAAACUUUUAGCGACUUCAUCUGGUCAAACUUUGUCGAUUCCAUACAGAUGAGAGCUCGUCUGCGACGUUUCGCAUACCAGGCCUCAGUAGCACUAAAAAAAGAUGACCGGCUAGCGUAUAAAUUAUCCGCCGCUGAUCUACAAAAAGUGCUUUUUGAAGUAUGGACUCACGAUCGAAUCCCACCGGAAAAGUUGUUCAGCAAACUAAAUGCUCCAAUUGACACAGACGGGAACAUUAAUUUAGGUGUCAAUGAGGCGAAUGUUGACCGUGAUGUGUUGAACAUUCCCUUCGAUACCCCCAGACGCUCAUAG